CUUCAAGAGGAACCAGAGCCAGGACUAUCGAUCUCCGCGGAGCACCUACACUACAUCCAAUCACUUGAUGAAUCCCCCGAAUGCUACGCUCGUUUCUUCGAUGCUCUGCUGAUCAGAAAAUCUACCCACGCGGACUUUUUCCAUGACUUGAAGGCCUUCCGGGAGCAGUCAGUGAUAAUACGUGUGCUUGAGCCAGGCACUAAGGAGAAAUUCCGGGAGUGUACUGUAGGCUUUCUGGGAUCUCGCUUCGCCCACCCUUGGUGCCGUAGCUCUGCUGCUCACGCUUCGGGGUGGACUAAGGCUACCUGGGCUGGAAGGACAAAGAAGCUCAGUGCCGAAGCAAAGAAAGAAGAAGACAAGCUCCACCGUCUACUCGUGCCUAUAUGGAUUGCUUUCCGCCGAAGGAUGUUUCCGGAACAGGACUUGUUGCAGAAAUGGGUGGACGAGGAGCCUCAGAGGCAAGCAGCAAGAAAAGCCGAUCUUGAGACUAAGGAGAAGGCUCAGGCAACGAAAGAUGCAUCCGGCCCAAGCGCAAACAAUACUCCUCCUAACAUUUAUCCUGAGCUCAGCUUUGCUACUUCGUCGGCCGCUUCAUCAGCCGCCGCACCUGGAAACAACACAACACCCAGCAAUGGGCAAGGUGCCGCAGUUGAGCAGAUGUUUCUUGGAGUUGCUGUUAGUGGUUUCAUCAUGAGCGAUAAGCGGGUAAAGAAAUAUGUUGAGAAAAAAUUGAAGAAG